UUCAAAGCUCAAGGCAACAGAGGAGGAAGAAGAAGAAGUGCUGCUCGCCUCUACCAGCAUAAAAGAUUACAACUGCAACAACUGCAACUGUUAAACCUUGACAGUGUUUUUUAGCCUGAGAAAUAGCCUCCUAAAAGCCUUUGAAAAAAUGUCUCAAAUCUCAGUGGUGGUUUUUGUGGUCUUCCUUGCCAUCCUCACCAUGUCAGAAGGCAUGAGUUUGAGAGGCCUUGGAGUGGAGCCUCGCUGUCGCUGCAUCGAGACGGAGCGCCAACGGAUCGGAAGACUGAUUGAGAGUGUGGAGCUCUUUCCUCCCACUCCUCACUGUGAGGACACAGAGAUCAUUGCAACCCUUAAACGCACCGGUCAGGAGAUCUGUCUGGACACCACCGCCCCUUGGGUUAAGAAGGUCAUUGAAAAGAUCCUUUCCAACAGAAAACCAUGAAACCAAAACCACUAGAGCACCACAAGUGGAGUCAGCAUGCGGCUAUUACAAGUGUUUGGAUGCAGACCACAACAAGAUACCAGAUUUUCAAAUCUUAAUAUUUAAAUGUAUUUAUGAAGGUUAAUUGCUAUUUAUAUUUAAGUAUUUAUGUUCCUAUGGACUUAUGUCACUUUUAUUGUUUGCCUGUAUGGGUCAAAACCAAGUUGUCCUGUGUUUUAGCGGGCUUUAGAUUGCACUUUUGUAUUUUAUUGCAAAUUAAAUGUAUUAAGAAUA